ACAGCAGCUACCACUCUUCUUCUCAACCUUUCCUCUCCUGGAAAGGUCUGCUCCGGGCACAUGCACCGAGGGUUUGCUCGGAUUCCCGCUCGCAUCGACGGACAGGGCCAGGGCCGGGGAGUGACUCGCAUAUCCGCAGGAGGAAGUUGACCAGUUAUCGUAGUUCAGCCGACCCUGCAGUCAGACAUUCCAACACAUUGAACCAGUCAAGCCUGUAAUGGGAAGACUUCAACAGGUGCCACACAGAUGGGUCUGCAGAACCAGAGAGAAUCUAUAACUACAGUACGAGCAAAAAUCACAUUACCUUAUUGGCCCCUGGUAGAUCCAGAGCAACUCACAAAACAUAAAACAACAGGAAUUUAAAACUAAACAGUCAGGCUCAUAACUGAGCAAGCUAACAAUUAGCAUUGUCAACUUGCGUUUAUUACUUUACAGUACUGUUAUCAAUAGAAUGGCAAUUUCUAAGUGAAUGGAAUAGAUGUAUACCGAGUCUAUGAAGUAAACCGAUUUUAUGAAAAUACACUGAGACGAUAAAGAAGACCGCCUUCUUUCCCGUUGCCAGUAAUGGGAAACAAGGUCAUUCAGAUCCUGGGCUUCUUCCUUGGCCUUCUGGGACUGCUGGGGACGACGGUCGCCAUGGUGAUGCCGCACUGGCGCCGCUCUGUGUCGGUGGGCUCCAGCGCCCUCACCGACACGGCCUACAUGAAGGGCCUUUGGAUGGAGUGCGUGUGGCACAGCACGGGCAUCUACCUGUGCGAGAUCCACCGCUCCCUGCUUGACCUCCCCCGAGACCUGCAGGCCGCCCGGGCCCUCAUGGUGCUCUCCUGCCUGGCCUCCAUGCUGGCGGCGGCCCUCUCCACCGUGGGCAUGGACUGCACCAGCUGCGCCCGUGGCUCGCCCGCCAAAACGGCGUUGGCGGCCGCGGGAGGGGCGUGCUACAUCGUGGCGGGCCUCCUCUGCCUGGUGACCUCGUCAUGGACCACCAACGACAUCAUCCGAGACUUCCCCAGCCACCUGCUGCCGGGCGGGGUGAGGUACGAGAUCGGUCAGGCCGUCUACGUGGGCUUCGUCUCCGCCGCCUUCAGCGUCGCGGGCGGGGUCGUGCUCUGCCUGUCCUGCGGGAAGUCGCCCAAAUACUUCCUCUGCCGUAACGAGACCCACGACGCCCUGCAGCUGCUUCCCAUUAAAUACCAACCCCCGGUCGCCGAAACGGGGAACGACAAUCCCGCCGGAUUGUCCACCUCCACGAGCGAAUAUAAAUUGAAUGACUUGAGUGUGAGCAGGGAUGGACAGGCCCCAUUAUCGGAGAGAUAUAAUAGCUUGAAUCUGCAGCCGCCGAUUUUUGAAAACUGUGGGCCAGUUACACAGACAAAGAUAGUACUGGAGUAAAUUGACUUCAUCUGUGAAACUGGCCCUAAAUGCGUUUGACCUAGAGUAUCAAAUGUCUGCAUUUAGCUCCUUUCGCAUCUGUUUGUCAUUAGUGCAGUGCUCUUAGCCUUUGACAGCAUGUUUAUGUCAUUAGUGCAGUGCUCUUAAACUUUGACACCAUCUUUAUGUCAUUAGUGCAGUGCUCUUAGCCUUUGACAGCAUCUUAAUGUCAUGUGUGCAGUGCUCUUAGCCUUUGACACAAUCUUUAUGUAACUUGUGCUGUGCUCUUAGCUUUUGACACCAUCUUUAUGUCAUUAGUGCAGUGCUCUUAGCCUUUGACAGCAUCUUAAUGUCAUGUGUGCAGUGCUCUUAGCCUUUGACACAAUCUUUAUGUAACUUGUGCUGUGCUCUUAGCUUUUGACAGCAUCUUUAUGUCAUUAGUGCAAUGCUCUUAGCCUUUGACAGCAUCUUUAUGUCAUUAGUGCAGUGCUCUUGGACUGUGACAGCAUCUUUAUGUCAUUAGUGCAGUUCUCUUAGCCUUUGACAGCAUCUUAAUGUCAUUAGUGCAGUUCUCUUAGACUUUGACAGUAGAUUUAUGUAAUGUGUUCAGUGCUCUUAGACUGUGAGAACAUCUUUGUCAUUAGUGCAGUGCUCUUGGGCUUUGACAGCAAAGGAGAUAUUCAGUACUAAUCAUAUAACUGUCUUCCAUUGUCAUUCACUGGAAAAGCCUUUAAUACUGAAGCCAUCAAACAAUCUGGGGCUCAUUUCACAAGAUUUACGGCAUGCGAGCUGAUGCCAUAUAUUUCUCCUGCUCUUAUAGGAGCAUUUCACAAAGACCUCACAAUUGCAAUUGAACGCAGGUCGCAAGCAUGUUCAUGUAGGCAAUCAGUAAAUCAUUCUCAUCCACCUGCCUCUCUUUGGUUUUGUAUCGUACUUUUGUGCACAGCAUUGUAGCACUCCUUACCUACUUGAGCUGUCCUUGUGUGUCCAAGGGGUGGAAAAAUUCUGUCUGAUUAAAUUAGAAUUAUAGGCCUAUGUAACAUAAAAAUAAAAAUUUUAAUUUAGUAUUUUAUUUGUCUCCCUGGUAUACCUAAUAGCCUACAAUUUAUAGUAACGUUAGGCAUUUUUCAAUUUGUAAUAUUCAAAUCAAACCUACCUGCCACCUAGAGCAAUGCAGCACCAUACUUGAUCUGACGGAUACGAGUCCUGGAUCUCAUGAAUGAAAUACUUCCCCAAACAAGCUAAGGUAAUUAUGUCAUAGUGAGCUAGAAUAUAGUUACCCUCAGUAGGAAGAUUUGUUUUGGGUGGAGAAUUAGUGAAUUAUUAAUUAUAUUAAAGUAAUCAUUUUCUCUACUUCCAGCUAUUCCCAUGGUCUGUCAGCAAUGCCGAAUUUGGAAGAAUCCAAAGGAUCCAAGUGUGUUUGUGACUUUGUGCGGGCGUACUUCCUGUCACUCAUUUUUUGGUCUGACCAAUCAGAUGGCUUGAAUUUUUGGUUCAACCAAUCUAUUCCUAAUGUAAGGAUAUGGUAUUACAUACCUUUAGAUAUGAGAAAGAAAAUAUGGCAAUGGCAGGAAAUAAGGUAGCCUACUUUAUUUCAUACAUUAAUAAGAGAAAUACUGUCCUUUUAAUAUCACAGUUACGAAAUAGCCUACUCUUAGGUUAACUUUAGGUAUACUUAAUUACACUUUCACAUGAGUAGAACUCUUACUGGAGUAAUAUUCCACUGAGGUUUUUCAAAAAUUUGGACCCUUUAAAUCCAUAUAUAAUAAUCAUUAUAAUAGAAAAAAUAAGACUAAUUUUAAUGUGGAAAUAGCUGAUAAACAAAUAAUCCUAUCUAAAGUGCACCUUUAAAUAUUUUUAACAACUUUUUUAAACAAUGAGGCUGGAGUACAAUUUGAAAACUGGGCCCAUAGAAUCAUCCUGACUGACAGGAACCCUCAAAAAUGAAGUUGCGCUGGAGUGAAGUAGCCUGGAGUAGUGAGGCCCAAAUGACUGUGUCAUCCGAGAUUAACCACAGUACAUAAUAGCCUAGCUCAGGGGUCGGCAACCCUGGUCCUGGAGAGCCACAGGAUGUGGGAUAGGCUCCAGCCCCCCUGCGACCCUGUUCAAGAUAUGCGGGUUAAGAUAAUGGAUGGAUGGAUGGAUGGAUAGAAUUAAAAUGGACAAAAUAUAUAUUUAGAAUAUAUAAUGAUAAUAUAUAAUUCCUCCACAAAUUUGAAGUGAACAAUGGGCAUUCUAUCAAUGCUAUUCUGAGUUAGCACGUUUUUGGAAUUCUAAACUAUUAUGGAUUUGAUUCGGUGGAUUCUCACCGUGAAAAGGACACCGACAUUACUCUGUUUUGUGUAGUUUGUGGAUUCCAAAAAUGCAAAGAAGGUGUGGCCCCCCAUGCUUGUUUUUUCCACCCUACAUAAACAAAAUAAGGAACUGUUGUCACUAAAGCGAUGGCAUUGUAAAAUUAUUUAUACAGCUAGAACUGCAAGUUUUAGUUGCAGUUUUAUUUGCAAUUCGUAAGCAAUACAUUUUUGUCAAAUGCAUUUUGAUAACAUAUUGCAAUCUGAAAAUGAAAAUCCUAGCAAAUCGCUUUCGUCAAAUGAGGCCCAUUGCCCAGACUGCAGGUCCACAUAUCAUAUAAACGGUGGGCAUGCUGGUGGAAGAAAUGUCUAUGUAUUGUGUUAUUUACUUUUAUUAUUGCAGCUGUGUUUAAAGUUUAUUUGACUGUUUCCCCUUAUCCAUUGUCACUUAAAACAUUCACUCUACAAAUUAGGCAUGUCUUCUAUUUGUCUAUCUCUCAAUCAUUAUGAAAUUUUCAUUAAUAGUCAUACUGCUCUGUAAACAAUAAACUGCUAAAUAAUGCUGAUGUCUUUUCAAUGUUGAUUUUAUGAAUAGGUUACAUAACUUAAGUAUGUAUAUCUGACACCUACAGUAUGUCCAGUGGUCUAACCAAUAAAACAGUCCAAUUAUG